GCUGGGGUUGUUGGAGUGGUUGAAUUUUUCCUGGAUUUGAGUGAGAAAUUCAGAAGACUGAAGCCCAGGCUCACUGUCUACCUUUCACGGAGGCCCAGCCGUGAGAGGACAGAAGAAGGCACGUGGCGAAUCAUGACAGCAGACAAAGAGAAAGACAAAGACAAGGAGAAGGAUAGGGACAGGGACCGGGACAAGGAGCGAGACAAGAGAGACAAAGCGAGGGAGAGCGAAAACUCGCGCCCUCGGCGGAGCUGUACCUUGGAAGGAGGCGCCAAGAACUACGCGGAGAGUGACCACAGCGAAGACGAGGACAAUGACAACAACAGCGCCACCACGGAGGAGUCCACGAAGAAAAAUAAAAAGAAACCGCCCAAGAAGAAGUCCCGAUACGAGAGAACAGACAAUGGUGAAAUAACGUCGUUUAUCACAGAAGAUGAUGUUGUGUACAGGCCCGGAGAUUGCGUAUAUAUUGAAAGUCGCCGGCCGAAUACCCCAUAUUUCAUCUGCAGCAUUCAAGACUUCAAACUGAGCAAACGGGACCAUCUCCUCAUGAAUGUCAAGUGGUACUACCGCCAGUCCGAAGUCCCGGAUUCGGUCUACCAGCACUUGGUGCAGGACAGACACAACGAGAACGGUGAGAAUGGCCCUCACUUGGCCUCUGAAUUUGGCAUUUGGGUUCAGACAAAUCAGAACUGA